UUGGGGCUAUGACGAGGGAGUGAAAAAGAGUAAGGGGGGUUUAAAACGUCAGCAUAGGAGCCCUGCUGCCAGUCUGCAUGUACUGAUAUGCACGACGCUCGAGGAGUUUGCGCUCCGGUCAGGCUCGCGCACUGGGAUCCUAACCGUCACCAGCACAUAAAAGCGCGGAUAACGGAGAUGAUUCUCUUCACACGGCAACACGAAACGACACAAAGUAGUGUACGCAGAUGGAAGUGAUGAAGAGUCCUGUCAGUUUCCACACACCUUUGGAUGUGACGAGCUCCAAGUAGCGGGAGUUUACCGUCACAGACAGCAGGUGGGAUUCCACUCAGUGGAGAGCUCGCGCGUGACUUUUUGUUGGACAUGGGACCGGGUCUCGCCUGUUUUGGAUACGGUACCGGAGGAACCGCGUCUUCUUGAACGAAGAGCUGUCGACAGCUGGACAACGACGAGAUGCGCUCCGACCACGGCUUCAUCCUGCUGCUCCUCAACGGGACAGCGUGCUUGCUGGCUCUAAGGCAGGAAGAGACCCCCUCGUCAGCUUCUUCCUUCCCCUCAUCUACGUCAAAGGCCUCCUCCCCAGCAGACUCCUCCAAAACUCUUGGCGUUCUGGGAUCUCAGGGUUCGAUUUCACCCCUGAGCCGCUGGGUGAUGCACAGCCGUGGCCGAGCUGCCAACACGUCCACAAUGGAGCUGCCCUAUCGUUCUCCGGUGCCCUUUUCCAAACAGGAAUUUUGGGAAAUGCUGGGUAGCGACCUCCUCAAAACGGACACGGAUGAGUCCGGGAACUCCCGUGUGAAGCGCCGCCCCCCGAUCGUCAAAACAGGCAAAUUUAAGAAGAUGUUUGGCUGGGGCGACUUCUACUCUAACAUCAAGACAGUGCGCCUCAACCUGCUCAUCACGGGUAAGAUCGUUGAUCACGGGAACGACUUCAGCGUCUACUUCCGUCACAAUUCCACCGGCCAGGGGAACAUCUCAGUCAGCCUGGUACCUCCGGUAAAGGCUGUGGAGUUCGACUUGGAGCGGCAGAGCGUGGUCUACCCCAAAGACUCAAAGAUCUUCAACUGCCGCAUAGACUAUGAGAAGGUGGACCGCAGCAAACGCACCUCGCUCUGCAACUACGACCCCUCCAAGACCUGCUUCCAGGAGCAGACACAAAGCCAUGUGUCCUGGAUCUGCUCCAAACCCUUUAAGGUCAUUUGUAUCUACAUUUCAUUCUACAGCACAGACUACCGACUGGUGCAGAAGGUCUGUCCAGACUAUAACUACCACAAUGAGAUGCCCUACCUACCCUCGGGGUAGAGCUGUAGGGAGCAGUUGACUAGAGGAACGAGGAAGGCUGGAUGGGGGAAGGUGUUAGCAUAUGAGGGAUUGGUUCUAUUACGGACACAAAGAUGAAUGCGAAUUGCUAAUUUGGGACGGGUUUUAAGCUAAAGAGCUAAAGAGUCUUCAGAAACUUAUCAUUGAGCUGUUAUGGACUACCUUCUCAUGACCUGAACAUCACAGGUGGUUCAAAAGGUGAAUGUACAGUAUAUAAUUUGCUGCAGUUGAUGUCCUGAAGAACCUCUAAAUCAACCUGGCAAAUGUGAACUGCAAAAAUACAUAUAUGCAAAACCAAAUGGUCAGGCCCAGCUGCUCAGUGUGGGAGGGUCUGCUGCAUCAGUCCGAGUCCCUGAUUGGCUGCGCUAAUCAGUGCUAAGUGUUAAAGCCUUCUAUUUAUUACCCAGGAGCAAGAAAUCAUACUGGUCACCACAGGCUGCUAUGCAGAGGUGGAAGAGUUUGCUGAUUUGGUGUACGCUCUUAAAAAAGGUUCUUUUUUUUUCUCGCAACUAUGGUUCUUUAACAUCCAUGGACCCAUUGCACAAAAGGUUGUUUAAAAUGAAUAUUUGUUCUUCAAACUAAGAAAAAAAUAAUAAUUGAAGAACUGUUCACUGAUUGGUUCUUUAGGGAACCAAACAUUGUGCCAUUUCUGUAAACCCCCAUUUAGAAUAUUUGUUUUUUAGGAGUGUAGGUUAUUUUUCCAAAAAAAUAAACACAUUAGCUCACACAAUACAUUUACACACAACAUGCAUUAAUGACACCUCAAUUUUUCCACCUCUGCUUAAAAAAAUGUCACCGAAAGAAAACUGAAAAAAAAAACCUUAAUAUCAAUGAAAAUAAAAAAGGGGGCAGAAAGCACUUUAAUUAAAAAUACAGCCCUGAAAAGGAGGUGUUGAGUCUGCAUUGAGCCCAAUCUCUCUAUUGUUCCGACUGUUACGGAAGAGCAGAGGUUUUGUUUGGUCAGGAUUCCUGACUUUGUGCUGUGAUAACUGUUCUUUUGAACGCACGAUUGCUUUGUCCUUGUCUGAACAUUCAGUGACAGUCAGCUGGUUUAUCGUUGAGAAAAAAAAAAAAAAAGUUAAUUUUGCAUAAUUUAAUCACACUGUUAAAUGGGAGAGCUUGCAGUACAUUUUGAGAAUUACCUGGCAAAGGUCUUCUCUGGAUGUAAAAUUUCUACAUUACAUGAACAUAAUUCAAGCUGACCUGCAAUGAACACCCUGUUUAUAGACAAAUUAUUGUGAAGGAAAUUGAUAUAAAAUUGAAUUUUAAAAGUAAAUUUAGGUCAAACAAGGGCAGACCGGCCAAAAUGAACACAGGUGUCAAGUCAAGUCACCUUUAUUUAUAUAGUGCUUUUUACAUUACAGAUUGUAUCAAAGCAGCUUCACAGUGAUACUGAAAUCAUCAGGGGGAGAAAUGAGGGAAGAGGAAAGACAGAGAGAAAGGAUGGAAGGUAAAAACAGCAGUGGGUGUCGUGACGUCUGCAGUGACGAGCAGGUGUGCAUGACAGAGUGAAGAGGAGAAAAAGAGGAUAUGAAAGGUGACUCACAACAUGAGCAAACUAACAGGAGAUGGACCGGGAACAAACAGAUGAGGAAGGGACCGAAUGAAUAUAGAGGAGGAGAAGAGGAGAGAAUCAUGAAAAAAAACAAAAAAACUGAAAAACAAACUCAGGAUGCUAAAUAGAGUAACAUAAAAGCACAAUAUGGAACAUCAAAGUGUCAUCUCACCGAGAGAGUUGGGGGGAAGAAGCUUUUUAUGAGCCCACGAAGGAAAAAAAAAAGAAAAUCUUUGCCUGAAGUUAAAUUCAGUGUGGUGAAUAUAUCCCUGUGGGUUUCCGCGCAAUUUAGAGAGUUACAAAGACGGAAAUAUCCUGCUGGAUAGAUCGGUUUAACCAUGUUCUUAAAAGACAUACUAUUUAUCUCCCUCUAUUCUGAAAUGUAUUGCUUUACAAAGAAAUUUUAGAGGUCUGAAAUUACCUGACAAUAAACUUGUAGCAUACAAGCUGGUAAAAAAAAAAACACACGCAUGAAGUUACAAAAACUUUAGACAUCAAAGAUAAGCUCAUGAUGGACGUUACAAGACAUUAAACCUAGUAUAUGGUUUGAUUAUACAUCAUAGACAUCGGACUAGCAUUCUUACAGUCUGACUUAAACCAUGCUGCAAAUCGUUUUCUGUGACAGGCCUGUGUCUGAUCUGUGUAAUUGAACAUUUGAUCUAGACUGUGAGGCUUUGAUUUGUUUCUGUUGCUUCCAAAGUAUG